GCGGGCACGGUGUCCCAGGAGGACAGAGUUUGCAUUGAUGAAAACCCUUCCCAGCCCUUUGAUACCUCUUUCCCGCCGCCCUGAAGUUAACCAGCUCAGUCCUCAGUGCAUCCUGCUCUCCGGCCGGCCGUGCUCACUCGGCCAGGAUGGCAUUCCGUCAGGCCUUGCGCAUGGUGCUGCUGCUCCUCUCCGGGGUCCUGGCCCCUGCGGUGCUCACAGCCGAGGGCCCGCAGGAGCCCGCGCCCACCCUGUGGAACGAGCCUGUUGAGCUGCCGUCCGGAGAGGGCCCCGUGGAGAGCACCAGCCUCGCCCGGGAGCCCGCGGCCACCGGCGCCCCGCUCCCCACCGCCGCGCCGAGCCCGGAGGACAGCACCGCGCGGGAGCAUUUGGAUCCGGGCGCCGGCUCGCUGGGGCCCGGUGCCAUCGCGGCCAUCGUCAUCGCCGCCCUGCUGGCCACCUGCGUGGUGCUGGCGCUCGUGGUCGUCGCGCUGAGAAAGUUUUCCGCCUCUUGAAGCAAAUAAAGGGGCUGCGCCCCCCGCCCGGCGCGACUCGGCGGCACCGCGGGGCGCGCCCGUGUCU